GUUAUUAGUAGACUAGCGGCUUGGCUCUAUUCUUCGCUAUCACGCUCUUUGUCCCUCCCCUUGUUCUCUCUGUUUCCUUCAAAGCCUUAUAUCGUACUCGAUAGUAAAUUUGUCCGCUAUAUCGACCGGGACUAUUCGACUGCGACUGAAACGACAUACAUACUCGUCACGUUCCGGCCUUGUCGACCCGCCAGCUCUGAGACAGGAGACUCCGUAUUUUCGUUACCCGACGCAUUUCUCCAACAUAUAUACUGUAUCUCCAGACUUUCGCAUCUCCUCUAUUUCACGCGUAGCAUCGCGUCAAAAACGCGUACGGCCAAGCAAUCCGACCGCCUUUUAGAGACGUAGACGCAAUUCGAACCUCGAGUCCAACACACCCAGUUUCGGACAAAACCAGCCCGAACGCGCACUGCGCCCCAACAUCAACAGAAUUCGAAUGCCUCACUCGUGGCUGUCCCCGCCGACUAGGCGGGAACUUACUCUCGUCCUCUUCUCCCUCUCCGUCUUCGUCCUCUUCUACAAUCUCGACUCGACGCUUCAUCUCUUCGGCUUCUCAUCCACGUCACACUCUUCAUCCCUCUUCCAUCCGUUCUCCUCUUCCUCUUCACUCGUUGGCGGUGGGUUGCCAAUAGGACCGGACGGGAGGGUACCAGAGGCGUACAGAGAUGUGUUAGAGAAGGAGAUCUUUGGGGACUGGGAUUGGGAGGAGGGUAGGAUUGCGGGCGUCAACGAGGCGGAGGAGGAGAGGAUAAAGGACAAAGAAGGUUGGGUAGGAGAUAAGGGAACUCAUGCGGAUGGGCAACCGGGUGGGAGAGAUAGGUAUGUGCUGGGAGAGGGUAUGACGGGUAUGUACACGAAGUGGUUGCAAGGCGUUGGACAGAGAAGGUAUCUGUAUCCGCAGGAUGUGUGGGAUAGGGGACAGAUUUCGGUUGGGAGUGACGGGAGGACGGUUGCGGAGGGUAUUGCGGGUUUGGAUUUAGUGACGCAUUGGACGGAGGAGACGGUUCCGAGGGCGAAGGUGUUGAAGCAUACUCCUGGCUACACCAUUCUGGAUAAUGUCGUGCUCGCGAACAGAACGAUGUAUCUCGUCUCGGAUGAGCCCUCCUCGAUGCCCUCCACCGGGUCCAUAGCAUCUUCAAGGACAAACCCGAAUGACCCACCCGCGGUCGAAGACUGGCAAAUUUUGUACCCCAUUGACGCUGUAGCUCAAUUUGGCACGUACGGUGGAAGAAUACAUGGCGUGACCUUCCUCUCAUUCGAUACCCCUUCAACGUCCUCCCCACAAACCAUCCUCUCCCUCCAACGAUUAUAUUCCUCCCUUUCAAAACCACAACAAACACUCUCCCCACCAUACCGCCUCGUCCUCCCGUCCAUCCCAACAUUCACCAUCGAAUCCCUCGAGCAAAACACGCCCUCACAUCCACGCUCGCCCAUCGGCAUCCACCCCGCCACACUCAAAGGCGCAUAUCCGAGUCUCGCAGGCGUCCUCUACAGGGAAGACUGGAUAGAUUUUGUCGAUAUGACGACGCCCGUCGUAUUUGAUAGGGUCGUCAUCGUCGAUCGUGGUGCCGCCACCCGUGCCCGAGGCGCCGGGAUAUGGAGCAACAAUAACGGCCUGGAGGUGAACCCCGAGAUCGAGAAGGAUUGGUUCGAGCCUGUGAGGCAGAACCUUGCGGGUAUGCUGGAAGAUGAGGCGUUGGCGAGCAGUGGAGGGAAGAAACAGGUCGUGACGUAUGUGUCGAACCAGAGGAGAUUGAGUGGAGCGGAUAGUGGGAGGGUGGGGAGGUUGAGGGAUGAGGAUCAUACGGCGUUGGUGGAGGGGUUGAAGGGGUUGGGGAGGAAUGUGAAGGUUAAUGUUAUCGAGGAGGAUAUGGCGUGGAAGGAGAGGAUGGCGGCGCUGGUUGGUUCGACUGUCGUUCUGGGUGCACAUGGGGACCAUCUCGCGGAUGCGGUGUACAUGAAACCCUCGCCACAGACAGCACUGGUAGAGUUCUUCCCCGACGGAACAUUUUCAAACGCAAGAGAAGAGGUCGUGAGAUCGAUUGGGAUGCAUUAUGUUGCGUUUGUGGGAGCACAAAAACACACCGCCGAGAACCUCCCACCAGUCUCGAGGCCUGAGUCCUCGACGCUAGAUAUUCAUAUAGAUGCGCGGGCUGUGAUUCAGGCCGUCAAGGAUGAGCUAUCUAGAAGGUCAUAGAUACACAUACACUGUGCAGUGUGGUGGUUGGCUGUGUUCGCUUUGUUCGGCUCUAGUUCUAGUGUUGUUGUCUGGUUUAAUGUGUGGCGCCGUGCGUCAGAUGAUGAGGGUGAGGUGGGAGACGGGAGAUGGGAGAUGAGGAAGACUGUCUCGUGGAAAGUACUCUACAUUUUAGCUUCCCGAAGGCGUAGGAUGGACAGGCUUGUUGUGCUCACGGAACACUUGCAUAGUACAGAGGCAGAGCGUCCAUGUCGAGUUGGUGGUUGUCGCGGAUUUUGUUGGUGAUAUGAGAGGUCCGAUCCUACUUACUUACAUAUUCUUGUCGAUAAUUUCUGUUUACUUACACGCACGCAUACCUAUUUUAUUUUCUUCCAAUGAAUGAGAA